AUGUCAGAAACAAUGGAGGCCAUUGUUAUCCCCAAGUUCGGUGGACCAGAAGUCCUGGAGAUCCAGAGAGUCCCCAAGCCAGCGCCUGUGGAUGGCGAAGUGCUCAUCAAAGUGAAAGCCUUUGGACUCAACCACGCCGAAAUGCACAUGCGUAAGGGUGAAUGGGACGAAUGGAACCCCAUUACCGGCCUCGAAUGUGUCUACUCGACGGCCGCUUCUUGUCUAUUCACUAUCCUCAAUGUGCAACCCAGUAACACACUUCUGAUCCGCGGUGCUACCUCGACGGUCGGCCAAGCAGCUGUUAAUUUAGCCGUCAAUGCCGGCGCAAAUGUUACCCCCACCACGAGACGAAAGGAACGAUUCGAGAUGAUGAAGAAAAUGGGCGCAGUUGAUGUGAAAAUUGAGCAGGGUGGGUUAGCUAAGAAGUUCCCCGCAGGGACCAAGUUCGACAAGGUCUUGAACCCGCGUCUUGUUGGAGUCCAUAAACCUUACUCGCGCUGGCGGCCGGAUGUUGCAAGCUGGAUGGCUCGGAGGGUUGGCACCAGUGAAGGAUUUCAAUCCCAUGAUUGA